AUGUACUUUAAUAAAUGUUUUGCAAUUUUCUUCCCAUUGAAUGAAAUUUUCAUAACUUUACAUUUAAUCAAUGUACAUUGUAGUGGUAGGAACGGAGGCGGCAGAGAUAUUUCACCUACACAUGUGAAAUGUUCAAAAGUGCUUUCAAAUCUGCACGAACUUAGAACUCGUCUUCGUUCGAGAAAAGAGAAAUCUCGACCAAAAGCAAUAAGAAUAUUUAUUGAAUUAUGUGUACCAACCUUGACCUCGAUCACAACACAUGUCAUCGAUGUUAUCAGGAAAUAA